ACGACCACUUCAGAACGUGUAGCUUCAUAUUCUCAAUUGGUGGUCACCCAGACAGGAAGUCAGGUGGUUGCUAAGAAACUGAAGCAGAGGGAUAGCUAAGCUUUCUGUCACCUGAGGCCUGUAUCUAGUACCCUGACUUUCCAGAAUGGCUUGUUGGGGAACUCUUCUGGUAUCCAACAUAGGGGCAUAUGACCAGCCAGCCCACCAUAGCUUAGCAUGGAAAGUUUAAACAGUCUACCAGGUCAGCUUGGACUUAGUAUGUGGGUCAUAUAUACACGGCAGGGUGGCAGCUGUCUCAAACUAUGAUAUAUGUGGAGAUACAGUACCUCCCUGAAAAAGCUAGAUGAAAGAAGUCGCUGUGUUGUGAGCUCCUCAGCCCAUGCUUUGUGUAUGAACUCGAGCAGGUCAGUGAAGUGGAAUACUUUGAGAGUCAGUUGUAAGGGAAGAGUGUUCUAGCUGUCUGUCUCAGAUUUCUGGGUUAGCUGCCAUUCCAAGAACUUGUGCAGUGCAGGAUGCUGGAUCACAGCAAAAAUACUGGGGAGAUUGCAGCCCACCCAGCAUGAAGGUACACUCUGAAGAAGACUUGUCCAGAGAGCAUCCAGAGAAGGGAAGCCAGGACAGUCUCCCAGAAGACCACUUAGAGGACAAAAGACUGACAGUAGCUGGCAUACCGCUGGGCUUGGAGUACCACUGGUCCUGGGCUCAAACAAUGAAUUACGUGGGGCAGCUAGCUGGACAAGUCUUUGUUACGGUGAAGGAGCUGUACAGAGGACUGAAUCCCGCCACUCUGUCCGGCUGCAUAGACAUUAUUGUGGUUCGUCAGCCCAAUGGUAAUCUACAAUGUUCACCGUUCCAUGUGCGCUUUGGGAAGAUGGGAGUUCUGCGCUCCAGGGAGAAGGUGGUUGAUAUUGAAAUCAAUGGAGAAUGUGUGGACCUGCACAUGAAACUUGGAGACAAUGGAGAAGCUUUCUUCGUGGAGGAGACUGAGAAUAAUGAGGAAUACGUCCCAUCCCACCUGGCAACGUCUCCCAUCUUGCUGGAUGGAGCUUCUCUUAUGGAGGUGCAAUUGAAGAGGAAUUCAAUGGAAUGGACGAGAAAUUUGGAUCCGUCCGCCUCGACCCAUGCCCUUGGCAACAUUCACCUGGCUCAGGGCGGCACAGAGGGCGCCACUAGUGGCUCUGUGAAGAAGAGACGGAAACGGAGGAGGAAGUCAAAGCUCGAUAACUUAAAGAGAGACGACAAAGGGGACACGACGGAGGAUGAAGAUAUGUUUACCAUAGAGAUGACUUCUGAGGAGGAGGUCGAGCCUCUCGAAACAGCCAGACCUUCAGUUCAGAGCAGCUUCAGUGAUAGAGUCCAGCUGCAGAGUGGAGUCUUCUCUAAAUCUGACACUUACCCCCACUCUGAUGGAGAGUGGACCUCGGGACAAAGUCGUCUAAGUUCACGUCCUGCAACUCCUAAAAGUGACUCUGAAUUGGUCAGCAAACCAUUGGCCCCUAGUGAGCUUCCUAUGCACUGGGCCUGGGGAGAAUUACCUCAGGCUACCAAGUCUUCUCCGCAUAAAGUGAAAGAACAAACUGUUGUGACCAUCAGUCCUUCAGAAAGCACUCACUUCAGGAUCAUCCUGAACCCAAAUGAGGAAGAGAUUUCCCCGUCGGAGAUGAUGGGGGAACAGUCGACGUCACUGACUGUAGAAGAUGUCGGUCCUGAAAGUAGCGCCCCAAGGACAUGUGAGCCUGAUAUGGAAUCCUUGGGAUCUGCAGCCCCCGCUUUUCCCAUUUAUGAAGAGGCGACCCCUACAUUAUCACCUCCACCGCCGAGUAAGACUGACUCCCCUUCCAAGAAGAAAGAUAAAAGAAGCAGACAUCUUGGGACAGAUGGUGUCUAUUUAGAUGAUAUCAACUGCAUGGAUCCUGAUAUUGCUGCCUUAUACUUUCCCAAAAGUGGAGAUGCAGCCACCGCAUCGAAGAGCACAGGAGAAAAUGGGGCCCGUUCUGCUAACCAGUCACCGCAGUCGGUAGGAAGCUCUGGAGUCGACAGUGGAGUAGAGAGUAUCUCUGAUGGUUUACGGGAUCUACCAUCCAUUGCUAUAUCGUUGUGUGGAGGCCUCAAUGACAAUAAGGAACUGACAAAAGAGCAGUUUUUAGAACAAGUAGUGACGUACCAGCAGUUUGUGGACAAUCCGGCCAUCAUUGAUGAUCCAAACCUGGUUGUAAAAAUUGGAAAUAAAUACUACAAUUGGCCAACAGCUGCCCCCGUUCUCCUGGCCAUGCAGGCCUUCCAAAAACCAUUGCCUAAGGUUACUGUGGAUACUCUGAUGAGAGAAAAGAUGCCCAAAAAGGGGGGAAGAUGGUGGUUCUCUUGGCGUGGAAGGAACAAUAAUAUAAAAGUGGAGUCAAAGGCAGAGCAAGGCUUAAGUGGAAAUAGACCUUAUCCUGGUGAACAAACCAUGGGCAAUGGCAUUGAACAGAGAAUAAAAGAUGAGUCGUCUUCCAGCGACGAGGACCCCAGAGUAGCCAAGCAGAAUAUAGGCUCUCUGCAAUCGAACCAAAGCCACCUCACAUCAUCUGGUAUUACAUAUAAGAAGACGCUACGGCUGACCUCUGACCAGCUUAAAAGUCUGAAGCUGAAAAAUGGCCCAAAUGACGUUGUUUUCAGCGUUACCACUCAAUACCAGGGAACGUGCCGCUGCGAGGGCACCAUUUACUUGUGGAACUGGGAUGAUAAAAUCGUCAUUUCUGAUAUUGAUGGAACAAUUACCAGAUCAGAUACAUUAGGUCAUAUUUUACCAACCUUAGGAAAAGACUGGACUCAUCAGGGUAUUGCAAAACUAUAUCACAAAGUUAGCCAAAACGGUUAUAAAUUCCUCUACUGCUCCGCGCGGGCUAUUGGAAUGGCAGACAUGACCCGAGGAUACCUGCACUGGGUUAAUGAACGUGGCACAGUGUUACCGCAAGGACCUGUCCUACUGAGCCCCAGUAGCUUGUUCUCUGCACUGCACAGGGAAGUAAUAGAAAAGAAGCCAGAGAAAUUCAAGAUUGAGUGCUUGACAGAUAUUAAAAAUCUCUUUCUCCCAAACACCGAGCCCUUCUAUGCUGCUUUUGGAAAUCGACCUACUGAUGUUUAUUCAUAUAAGCAAGUGGGAGUUUCUUUAAACAGAAUCUUUACCGUCAAUCCCAAAGGAGAACUCAUUCAGGAGCACGCAAAGACCAACAUCUCCUCCUAUGUUCGGCUCUGUGAGGUGGUGGAUCACGUCUUCCCGCUCUUAAAACGAAGCCAUUCCUCGGAUUUUCCUUGCUCAGACACUUACAGUGAUUUCACAUAUUGGAGAGAACCUUUACUCCCAUUUGAAAACCAAGAUAUGCACCCUACAGCUUCUUAAGGGAAAAAAAAAAAUCUUUACUACAUCUGCUACAUUUCACCAUCCUGAACUUCAUCGGCUGCACAAGUCGGGUGGGAAAAUAAUUAUUUUUAAUUCCAGCUGGGAUUGCUGCUUCUUCUACGGUUUUCCGGGAGGUUUCUUAUAGAAUUGCGUUCUUCAGAGAAAUCUAUUGAUUGACAUGAGUAAUAUGCGCUUUCUCUGUACAUGACUGGAGGGCUGUGUGCUGUACAGUAAUACAAGACUGAACCCCCCCCCCCCCACCACCCCUCCUCCUAACACACAAGACUUCUGUGGCAUCAGCUCCCAACUGAGAUGGGAAUCUAGGCAAUGAAAUCCUGCAAUGUGAAGAAAGAUGCUAUUGAGAUUAUCCAGCCAUUGUUAUCGCUGUAUUUCAUUAGGUGGAAGGACAGGCUUAUUUGUCCAGGCCACCAUCAGCCUGACGUCCUUGGGUGGAAAGCUAAACCGUAUUUCUGAAGAGCUUUGUUAACCCCUUCCAUAUCUGUAGGGCUGGUUUUCCGUAAAGAUUUGCGGUUGAUAGACCGCCCAGUUGAAGCCGGUGCCAGCAGAGAUGUGGCCUAGGACAACCAAUCAGAAUCAAGAUUCAAUUAGUCAUCUUGGCAGCAAUCCCAUCUGUUUACAUAUCUGAAGCCAAAAGGACCUACCUUUAGGCAGUUCUUUUUUAUGAACAGAUUAAAAAGUUCACCUUCUCGACCACUGUUCAGUCAAACUCCUCGCCGAGGCUGGGGAAAAAGGAAACUGAGGUGCACCGUUUUAGAUUGGGUUCCUACCUGUUGGAUCCACACCGAUCAGACAUUUUUUUACCUUUCUAGUGGACCUUCUGUGUAAAUCCAAUUCAGCAAUAAUGAAUAUUGCUUGUUAUAAUGA